AUGCUUCACUCAACCCAAGACGUGGACGACAUCACCGCCCGAGUCCAGAAAGCAGGCCCAAAACUCGUCGUCGUCAGCUUCACCGACGACAUUUCCUCUCCCUCCCUUCUACUGAGCGAUCUGGUGCAGCUACUGGAUGAAUGCUACUAUCACGACAACGUGCUCUUCAUCACGGUCGACUGCGACAAUGCAGUAAAAAAGAUUAUGAGCAGAAAGUACCGGCUUGCCGAUUUUCCCAUGUCGGUGUUUUAUAAGAAUGAGCAUGAAGUUGGGCGGAUUGAUGCGAUUGGGAUUGCGGAUAGGUUGCCGAAGAUGAUUCAUAAAUAUAAAUAG